UCCCUUUCCCAAGGCCUGCUGCUCUGUAUGCCCAGGUCAACUCUUGCUCAGUUCUUUGCUCGGUUCUAUAACCAUCCAGUGUAGCCUGCUGCGCACUCGGGCAGUUCAUCUCUGCAUCGAUCGACGUUUAUAAAUUGCAAGUCUUCAUCAUCUUCUUUACCUCUCCAUUUAGGGGCACAUCAACCGAGCACCGCCGCCGUCGCAGGACCGAGAUCCUGACGCAAAACUCACAGCGCCUGCUGCCGGAGAUGACGAACAGAGGCGGCGGCGCCGGUGUUCCUCUGCUGGCCGCUCUUCUCGUUCUGCUGUCGUGGGCCGUCGUCUCCUCCGUCUCCGUCGCGCCGCCGGAGGCGCGCCUGCAAGUCGGGUACUACAGCCGCACGUGUCCGCGGGCGGAGGACCUCGUCCGCAACGUCGUCCUCGCCGCCAUCCGCCGUGACCCCGGCAAUGGCCCCGGCCUCGUGCGCCUCUUCUUCCACGACUGCUUCGUCAGGGGGUGCGACGCGUCCGUGCUGCUGGACACGGCGCCUGGCAGCAACGCGACGUCGGUGGAGAAGGCGUCGCAGGCCAACUUCCCCAGCCUCCGCGGGUUCGCCGUCGUCAGCCGCGCGAAGCGCGUGCUGGAGCGGCGGUGCCGGCGGACCGUCUCCUGCGCCGACAUCCUCGCCUUCGCCGCGCGCGACGCGUGCCGCACCAUGGGCGGGGUCGACUUCGCCGUGCCGGCGGGGCGCCGCGACGGCCGCGCCUCCAACGCGUCCGAGGUGCUCCGCAACCUGCCGGCGCCCUUCGCCGACGCCGCGACGCUCGUCGGCGCCUUCGCCGCCAAGAACCUCACCGCCGAAGACAUGGUCGCGCUCUCCGGUGCGCACUCCUUCGGCCGCUCCCACUGCUCCGCCUUCUCCUUCCGGCUCUAUCCGCAGAUCGCGGCGGACCUGAACGCCACCUACGGCCGGCACCUCCGCAGGCGGUGCCCCGCGGCGACCGGCCGCCGGGACCGGGUGGUGGACCUCGACCCCCGGACGGAGCUCCUGCUGGACAACCAGUACUACAGGAACGUGCAGACGCGGGAGGUGCUCUUCACGUCGGACGUCACGCUGCUCAGCCGGAACGACACGGCGGCGCUCGUCGACCUCUACGCGCGCAACCGGACGCUGUGGAAGUCGCGCUUCGCGGCGGCCAUGGUGAAGAUGGGCCACCUCGACGUGCUCACCGGCAGCCAGGGGGAGAUCAGGAAGUUUUGCAACAGAGUAAACUAGCAAGUUUCGAUAGUUUCAGUCGCUGCCCAACAAGCUGAGUUGGCAAAAAAAAGAAAAGAAGUUAGAUAUUGGACGCAUGACGCUCGAUUCAUUUUCCUUUUCUUUUUGAGUUCGGAAAGAUUCAUUGUGCUAGUUCUGAAGAAAUAUUCAUUACCUA